AUGUUUCUCAUCAUCGUCCUAGCCUUUCUAUUUUCCCUCGUUGUUCCCGCGCCUGCGCAGCAAACGUUGCGGGGAGUCGCGAAAUCCUGCGACAACCGCGGCAACGCGCUCGAUCAGCUUGCUUCCCUCACCACCGCGACCGGCUGUGACGGCGGAGAUGCGUACAUGUGCCGCGAUUUCCAACCCAUCCCGGUCGAUUCAAACCUCUCCUAUGGCUUCGCUAUCCAGUUUGGCGGCGACUAUAACGGAAAUAACGCGAACUGCUGCAAAUGCUAUGAAGCUGAAUGGACUUCGGGGGCAGCUAGGGGCAAAAAGAUCAUUGUGCAGAUAGUCAGCCCAGGCAAGGCGGCGGGGAACGUCGGAGGGAAUGACUUGAUCAUCUACACGCCUGGUGGAGGGGCAGGCCCGUUUAACUCGGGCUGUGAGAGGCAGUUCGGGGCCGGAUAUAACUGGUAG